AUGGGAGCGCCAAGCACCAAGCGCCUGCAGCCCCAGCCACCGGCGCCGUUCCCAGCACCUAGGCUGGAGCCGCCGCCGUGGACGCAUGGGCUCCCUGCCGGAUCCGGCAAAGAACCACCGGAUCCAGCCAGCAGGUCACCGGAUCCGGCCCCAAGCCGCCGGAUCGAGAGGGGACGAGGCCGGCGCUGGACCUUUCGGAGCCGGGCACCGAUGGGUCGACGGAGGUCGCCUGCGCCGGAUGGGGAGGCAGAUCCGGCCGUGGGGAGGUGGAUCCGCCCAGCGGCUCCGGCAGCUCCGCCCGCCAGCUCCUCCGCGACGUCGCCUAAAUCCACCGCAAGAACUCCAUGGGAGGGAGGGAAGGAGGGAGAGGACCUGGCUGCCACCUUCCUUGCCGUCGACCGGACCUCCGGCGUCGGGCUCCGGCAGCAGCCGGGCCGAGGAGGCACGCAGAAGGACCCUGCGGCGGCGGCGCGGGGGUGCCGCCCGAGUCGCCCUCAGGGAGAGCGACGCGGGGGCCUUGCAGUUUGUUGUUUUGCUGUGUUAAAUUUGAAGAAGGCCAAACUCAGACAACUCAGAGAUAAAGUUGUGGAACUCGAAUCCGCUGGCAAGCCUUCAAAGGAGGUGGAGCAGGAGGAGGAGAACUCAACGGACCGGACAGAGCUCUUCGAGGGAGAAAGUGACAAAGAAGCAAGCGUCAAGGAUGAACCCUCUGAGACAGGCAGCGGCAACGUUCAUAGUUCUCCUGAGAAAUCUGCAGCUACCUCCAGAGGAAGAGGGAGAGGUCGCAAGAGAGCAAAAAAAUAG